GAAACUUUCCUCUCCUCCAGCUAGACCCACACUUUCGUUACAGCGUACGCAUACCUAGAUAGUUUCGUGCACUGUGGCAACCCUAGAAACAAGCUUUGGUAAGUGCGGCUUACGUACGCGAUAAUCGCCACUUCUCUUUGUCAGCUAUUCGUCCUCGAAGUUCCAAACUCCAGAAACAAAAGGAAACGGCCAACCCUCUCCCAAAGCUCUGGGACAUCCAACUUCCUGCACAUAAUCACAAUGGCGGAGACAACUGGAGAUGUGGCAGCCCCGAUUGUCACUUUCAAGAAAAGAGGCGCUAAGGCGAAGGGAAACAUCAGGAAAAGACCAGCGACGACGGCCUCGUCAAGCGACUCCGACUACUCUUCCUCCGAAAACGAGUCUGGUCAGAGGGUCAAACGGAGGAAAAGGAAUACUGGCGCGGUGACCGCAUCGUCCGCUAGCAACAAGACUACGGGGAAUGAUCUUUCCGCGACGGUCUUCGCCGCCGACCGCAGCGUCCCCAUCACGAGCACGAACGACGCAACCAAGCACAGCAACUGGUUCGACGAGGGCUCGAACGAUGCCCUAUCGUCGAAGAGCCUGCUAGGCACUACUCGAGCCAUACCGAACGAGCCGCAGAUGCCCGACGGUACCUACAAGGGGCUUGCGAACCAGGCGUCGUACAUUCAGAAGAACCCGGAUGCGCCGACAAGAUCGGUCGGCCCUAUCAAGGCACCGACGAAUGUGCGUACCGUCACGCAAAUAGAUUACGCACCGGACGUCUGUAAAGAUUAUAAGACGACAGGAUUUUGUGGGUUUGGGCUGAACUGCAAGUAUCUCCAUGAUCGAAGCGACCACAAGCAGGGAUGGCAACUCGAUCGGGAAUGGGAGACGGUCACGAAAGGCAAGAAGAUCAAGGGCACGGUCGUCGCAAGCGCCAAUAGAGACAAGGCGGACGGAAAUAACGACGACGACGAGGACGAUGCCAUGCUGGAGGAUAUACCCUUCGUCUGCAUCAUCUGCAAGGGGCCGUACAGGGAGCCCGUCGUCACGAGAUGCGGCCAUUACUUCUGCGAGCCGUGCGCCCUCACAAGGUACAGGCGAGAUCCGGGCUGCGCGGCAUGCGGGGCAGGGACGAACGGCAUGUUCAACUCGGCAAAACGGCUGAAGAAGCUCUUGGAGAGGAAGAGGGAACGGGCGGCCAAGAGGAGACAGGAGGCUAUUGACGCUGGUGAGGAGGUCAGCGACGAAGAAGAGGAAGAGGAAUAACCGCUUCCCCACAGUCAACUGCUCCCCACCCCGACUUGUUGGCUACUUCCCGAGACUGAGUGUUUUCGGCAAACAAGCAAGGCAGUGAAGCGGAACUUUCAUGGUUCCAUAACUUCGAAAGUUCCGCCACCCAUAUGUAUCCAGUCGCGGGGUUCUCGGUCCGCGUGUGAAGAUAUAUGGACCGGCUCCGAAGUUAUUCAGGCCCGAAGUGCGCUCGCUCCAUCCAUCGCUAAGUGAGGUCCCCUGCCUGGCCCUCUAUACGCCUGAAUUCCUCCCCGUUCACUCGACGGCAAUCAGUGUCAACCGUCGUUGCCGUCCAUGCCGUUUCCUUUCCCCGGGCUUUAAGUCAUGAGGGCUCUCCGUCUCUGACAAAUACAGAUAAUCAAUGUUUCGAGACCCUCCCCGGAUCUAGGCCGACGUCUCUCGUACACAUCCUACCGAACUAGGCGUUGCACGAAC